CAUGACGCUGUAUCUAGCUACUGUCAUGCUGGUAUAAAUCCUCCUCCAUAUGUUGAGUCAGUCCUUUCUCCACGCAAGGCUGCCGUGUUUCUAAAAGUCCAGGCUACAAAGUAGCUGCGACUUACUCUUCAGUCAUGACUGACCAGGCUUUUGUGACGUUGGCUACCAAUGACAACUAUGCAAGGGGAGCCAUGGUUUUGGGCCAGUCCCUGCGCGCACACAGCACAUCCAAGAAGCUGGUGGCCCUCAUUGGUCCCCAUGUGUCAGACCCCUGCCAGUUGGUUCUGAAGAAGAUCUAUGACGAGGUGAGGUUGGUGGAUGUGCUGGACAGUGGUGACACAGCUCACCUGGCGAUGAUGAAGAGGCCUGACCUGGGGGUCACCUUCACCAAACUCCACUGCUGGACGCUCACACAUUACUCAAAAUGUGUCUUCAUGGACGCCGACACACUGGUGGUUUCAAAUAUAGAUGAGCUGUUUGACAAAGAAGAAUUGUCAGCUGCUCCGGACCCUGGCUGGCCUGACUGCUUCAACUCCGGUGUGUUUGUUUUUCGUCCUUCUUUGGAGACCUAUGGCAAACUUCUUCAGCAUUGUACAGAGCACGGCAGCUUUGAUGGGGGAGACCAAGGUGUUUUGAAUGGCUUCUUCAGUGACUGGGCAACAGCUGAUAUAUCAAAACAUCUCCCUUUCAUCUACAACCUCAGCAGCAUAGCCAUCUACACUUACCUUCCAGCAUUCAAGCAAUAUGGUAGCAAUGCCAAGGUGGUUCAUUUCCUCGGGAAGACCAAGCCGUGGAGCUACACAUUUGACCCCAAAGCCAAACGGAUCAGAGGAGACGUGCAGGAGGCGGCCACACAUCCUCCCUUCCUCCUGGAGUGGUGGACCCUGUACUGUAGCACUGUGGUGCCCAUGCUGCACGAGCACUACGGAGACCAGCCUUUCCACUCCGGAUGUGUGGAGGAGGAGAUCCACUCAUCACAUGCACAAGCAGCCCCGCCCCCCUUGACUUCAGAGGAACGGAAGCAGAAAUGGGAGCAAGGUCAGGCAGACUACAUGGGAAUGGACUCAUUUGAAAAUAUCCAGAAAAAGCUUGAUUCUUUCCUCGUUUAAAGACAGAAUGAAGCAUAAUGUCAAAAGAGCACAUGCAGUUUAAUAAACUGACUCCCCAGCUCUUUCAAAACUCUAAUGCAAGUUUAGUCCUUCAUUUCCCAUCAAUUUGUCAACUAGAAAUUGGUUGAGUUUCUCCCUUACCCACCACUACCCCCUCCCAACUCCAAAGACAGUGCUGUUUAAAUGGGAAAUGUAGUCACAACUCUGCAAACAGCCUCAGUCUUCUGUUGAAGUCUGUCUAUCAUUUAAGCCUGUCACUAGCAUCUUUUGUGCUGCACUGUGAAGAAGGCAAGGCCAAACAAGAUUUAUAGUAACAUGAAAUUAAUAUUUUUUUGUACUCACAUCAAACACUGUGCCAAAUUCAUAAUAUUUUUUCUAUAUCACUGCCCUUUUAUAAAAUCAAAAUGGCAACAUAUCCAAGAGCUCUACAGAUGAAGUGGGCCUCUUAUGUCUGUGUGACUAAGCUUUGCAUAGCACUUACAUUUGUAUUUUUUCUUUCUUUUUUACUAUUCAUUCAGUAGAUGAUAAAGUAGCAUGUAUAGCAGUCUUAUGAACUUUAAACUUUUUGGUGAAGUUCUCAGAACUUGAUUUCUUUUUUUCUUUUGAAAUGAAACUAAUAGCCUGUUUUUACAUAUAUAAAAUGUUUACAACAUGUUUGUUUGUACUGAAAGCUGCCUACUAUGGUUCCUGUUUCUUUCAACCAUGAUGGGUCUUCAGUCAGCCUUAUCAUACACUAAAACCUCAGUGCCUGGUAGAGACUCUGAUGUCUCUUGCUCUCUCUCUCCAAUCAUCCUGUCCUAUCUGCUCUUGACUAGCACUUCUUUCUACUGUCUUUACAAUAAGGUGAUUUAGCUUUUUAGCGCACUGCUGUUUUACUUGACCCGAAUGUUGCCUGUACCACGGAGCCUUUCACCUGGAAAAAAUAAACAUCAUCGAAAAUGUUGAA